UCCGAACAAACCAUCGGUUAGUAACAGAGCUAACGAUGAAUUAUAAAUCUAUUCAUUAUCGAAAACAAGUGUUUGUGUCCUCUUAAACUUUCUUCCAACGUAGAUAAACAACAAAGGAAAUAAACUGUUUGUUUCAUAUUCUACCAGCGAUAUGGAGGUCAAAUGAGGUGAAAUCAAGUGUGAGUAAAAACUGGCGUUGAUUAUAAGAGAGAAAAUUUGAAUAUAUCAUGAAAUCAUAUUGACUACAUCAUAUCAUUAACCAUUCUAUAUUUUUUUUCUUCGAAGCCUUGUUCACCUGUUACAUGUGAAGCAUUUUUUCUAAGAAAUAAUUUGUCUUUCUUGUUAACCUUUGUGAAUAUCAUCUUUGUGUCAAUCUCAAAAAGACUAUUGACUGGUACAAUAUAAUUGGAGUUAUUAUAAACGUGAAGUAGUAAGCAGAUUAUGCUUCCUGUAUCCUUCUUGCAAUAUGAGUGUUCAAAAGUAUGUGACCCAAGAGAGAGCAGAAAUGGAGUAACUGGAAUGAAGCUGACGGGGCUGUAACCUAAACUAAUGUCACAGUUGAAAGAAGCUGACAUGGAAAUAACUGAAGACAUCAACGAAAUGAUAUCACGAUAUUAAUCCAAAAAUAGAGGAGCAUUUGCAAAGAGAUAAAAUUUUAUAUAAAGUUUAUAUAUUCACGACGUCCGGAUGGCCCAAAGAAAUGAAUGAUGUCAAUUUAAAACCAUAUUUCAGAAGACACUAGGAAUUAUCACAUGAAAACAGCGUAUCAAUGCAGGGACAUUGUGUCAUCGUUUCAGAACAUUUACAAAAAACAAUUUAAGUUCCAGAUUUGCCAAGGAGAUCCAUCAGUUAAACGAGUGAGAUUAGAUGACGCUGCAACACCUAUGUACACAAGUAAUUGUUGUAAUGUGACGCUUCUAUUGAUUCAAGUGAAUUCUCACAAUAGAAAUCUGCAACAUAAGAAUAAUGCAUGUGUACAAUUCAGUGAUGGUGUUCAAAUUAUAAAGAGUGCCUUCAAGCGUCGGAUUGCUACAUACAGGGUGCAGAGUUCCAUAAUUUCCACCGAUUACAUGUCAUUUUUUAACGAAAUCAGGCAGAAAGUUAUUGAAUUAUUGGAAUCAGCUAUCAGGAUUCACAAAAUAAUCAAAGUGAAUAUAGAAGUAUUUGGGAGUUAUAUUCUGCAAACGCAAGACCUGAAGGAAACCAGAUCAUUUAACUCUCGAAAUGGAAUUAUCGCUCAAACUACAGAAUUCCAGGAACGUGAUUCAGGUUGGACUUGUGAAAAAAUCAUGUUUCUGGAGGUGAACAUCAAUAAAUAUAGCCCACUCAGUGGAUGUUCAUAUUUGAAGCUACCUGAAUGUAUCGAGUGUAGGAAGACCGUGGUUAAUGUCCGUAAUGAAGAUCAGCAUUAUUUUGCAUGGGCUAUCACUUCGGCACUACAUCCUGCAAUCGAUAGAACGUCAGAAGUUUCAUCAUAUCCACAUUACAAUACUGUCAUAGAUGUAACAGGUUUUUUAUGAAGAAAAAGUAGUACUUGUCGGGUAUCGUGCAAGUGGUCCAAUAGUCAAAAUGCAACAGGGAAGCCUAGAAAGUUCCACUGCUCCAACUCCUGCUCCAUCUACAGCCGUCGGUGAGCUGAGGGAAGAUUCAGCUCAAGACUCUGAUUGGUUCAUUUGUGGCGCCAGGCUAGAGCAAUAUUUCAUUGCAAAUGACAACACAUAUGAUGUAGUAAAACGUCCCACCUACUCGACGAAUUUGGUGAAGACUCUUGUAGUAAAAAGUAGUAAAACCGGCAACAGUGGAAACCCUGUCAUGAAAAAGUGUAUUUUUGGAAAUCAUUUUUGUAAUUUCUGUAACAGAAAGUGUCUUUUGGUUAAAAAUUGUUAUAUCAAAGGCAAUAAUAAUCAUUUCUUUAAUAAUAAGGAUGACCUAUCAUCUGAUGAUAUUGGGUUGAUCAGAAAAAAAAAUGUGAAUUUGUUAACUUAAACAAUAUAGCUGAUAUAAAAAACAAAUUAUCAAAAAAGUUUGCUAAUGGUUCAGGUAUAUGAUUUAUGUAAAUUCACUGGUGGAACGCUGCGACUAGAUUCACAGGAGGGAGCCAAGUUGAAGGUUUGUAAAGCUUCUUCUGUACCUUUCGCUUUGACCAUUGUGCCAAUAGUUAAGAAAAAUGGAUCCAUCAGAAUUUGUGGUGACUAUAAAAUCACUCUAAAUCCUGUAUCAUUAGUUGAUAAAUAUCCAUUGCCUCGCAUUGAAGAAUUGUUUGCGUAGUUACAAAGUGGAGUUGAAUUAUCAAAAAUUGAUUUUUCUUAAGCUUGUCUGAAAAUCGAACUUUAUGAUGAGUCCGAAAGAUUAACUAAAAUUAACACUCACAAAGAAUCAUUUGUUUAUAAUCGUUUACCUUUCGGAAUUGCCAGUGCUCCGGAAAUGUUUCAGAGAGUAAUGGAUCAAGUUUUAGCGGGUUUAGAUGGGGUUGUUUGUUUUUUAGACGAUAUUUUGAUAACAGAAAAAAAUUGGGUUUCUCAUUUGGAUAAAACGGAACUAGUUUUUGGAAGGUUACAAACUGAUGGAUUUACUAUAGCGUUAGAUAAAUGUGAAUAUUUUAAAGAGUCAGUGCAUUAUUUGGAUUAUAAUAUUGAAAAAUACGGGUUACAAAAAAGUGAGGAUAAAGUUGGUUCGAUGAUUGAAGCCUCAAUACCUAAUAAUAUAACACAGUUUAGGUCAUUUUUGCGUUAUGUGAAUAAUUAGCAAUGCUCCUGUUCUGGAACAUUUCAAUCCAGAUUUGCCAGUAAAGUUAACAGUGGAUGUUCAUAUUAUGGUGUUGGAGAUAUGAUUUCACAUGUAAUUGAAAAUGUAGAGAAACCUAUCAGUUUUGCUUCUUCAACUCUAUCAAGUAACCAGCAAAAACAUUCGCAGUUAGAAAAAGAGGAAUUGCCCAUUGUGUUUGGGGUGCAAAAAUUUCAUUAAAACCUUCACAGUAGAAAAUUCACAAUAAAAACUGACGCGAGGUGUUCAAUAAUUUUAUUUGGUGAUAAAAAGGGAAUUCCUUCAGUAGCUACCAGUAGAUUCUACCUUCUUAUGUGGAAUAUGUUGAAUCUUGCUUGCCUUCAAAAUGAACUACUUAGAAAGUUUGACAGAAGUUUCUUAUUUAAAUUUUACGUCGUCAAACAGUGAAUGUCCUGUUGAUUGGGAACAGUACAGGAUUGAAACUCAAAAUGACAAAACUUCGACGCAAAUUUUUAAGUAUGUAAACAUGGGUUAUUAUAUGUUAAUUAUAAAAAUAAUUUUCCAGUUGUUGAUAGCUGCUUGAUGCUGGGGCACAAGGUCAUUGUUCCUAGUAUUUCACAAAAAAAUAUCUUGAAUCAGUUACACCCAGCUCAUUUUGAAAUGGCAAAAAUUAAAAGUUUGAUUCGUUUUUAUCUAUGGUGGCCGCAAAUAAAUAAUUUUAUUGAAAUGUUAAUUUAAUUUUGUGAACAUUGUUUAAAGACGAGAAGACAAAAGUAUCUUUAGACUUUAUAUUGAUUUUUGGGUCCAAUAUUUGAUAAGUACAUUUUAGGUUUGGUGGAUGCUCAUACCAAAUAUUUAGAGGCUUUCAUUACUCCGAACACUAAAUCAAUACCAAAAUUGAUUGUUUCUUUCCUUUCUUUGGAUUCGCCCUUUUUUUUUAUCAAGAUG